AUGGCUGAACAGGUAGCGAAUGCCAUUCAGAUCGCCUGGAACCCGGAAUCCGACCAAGCCCUCAAAGCACAAGCUUUCGACUACCUCAACCAACUGCGCUCUGAUCCCUCUGGAUGGCAGGUCUGCCUCGCUCUCUUCACCGAAACCCCUCAACAACCCGAAGUCGUACGACAUGUGAGCCUGGAAAUUGUCAACAGUGCUGCGCAGGCUGGCUUAAUUGAUUUUGCCUCCCUGGGCGUUGUGCGGAAUAGCUUGUUGGCCUACCUGCGGCAGGUUUAUGGGCCCGACGGGACCGCCACGCCCGACGCACCGUACAUUCAGAACAAAAUUGCGCAGACCGUGACCUAUCUUUUCUCCGCUUUAUACGCCAAUGGCUGGGAAACUUGCAUUCAAGAUCUUCUGAACCUUACAUACAAGUCCUCGACUAGCACGACCCGAGACAACCCGCUCGGAAUAAUUUUCUAUUUGCGUGUGGUGAACUCGAUUCACGACGAGAUUGGAGAUGUACUGGUCUCUCGGUCUCGUGGAGAGCAGGAUAAAGCCAACGCACUCAAGGAUUUGAUCCGUGAGCGGGAUAUGCAAAGCAUUGCAAACUCCUGGAAGGAGAUUCUUUCACAAUGGUGGGAUGGGGACGAUACGGUCGUUGAGGCUUGCUUGAAGGCUGUUGGCAGUUGGGUCAGCUGGAUUGAUAUUGGUCUUGUGGUUAACCAGCAGAUGCUUGAUCUUCUUUUCCAGCAGCUUGGACGGGCCGAGAAGCAAGAGUUGCGGGAGGGCGAGCAGCGAGUUCGUGACGCAGCUGUGGAUGUCUUCACUGAAAUUAUUGGCAAGAAGAUGAAGCCCGCCGAUAAAAUUGAAAUGAUCGUCUUCCUGAAUCUGAACUCGAUUGUCACUCAGCUCUCCAACAGCCCGCCCCUACGUGAAAGUCGUUUCACCUCCAAAUACGACACUGAUCUGGCCGAAACAAUUGCCAAGCUCGUUAACAUCACAGUCAUGGACAUUGUGCGGGUUUUGGAAACCGAUAGCAGCCCAGUGAAAGACCAAGCGGAUGAUCUCCUGCAGGUUUUCCUGCCGCACGUCUUGCGCUACUUUUCUGAUGAAUAUGACGAGGUCUGCUCGACCGUGAUCCCCUGCGUCAACGACAUGCUCACCUACUUCCGCAAACUUUCCAAAACAAACCCAACCUUCGAAGAUCGCAACAAGACCAUCCUUCUUCCUAUACUGAAGGCAAUCAUUGCGAAGAUGCGCUACGAUGAGACCUCUAACUGGGGGGACGAAGACGAGCAGACAGACGAAGCUGAGUUCCAGGAACUACGCAAGAGACUUGGUGUCCUACAACAAAUUGUUGCUUCUGCGGACGAACAGCUGUUCAUCGACGCUAUCUCAGAGCUCGUGGGCACAACAUUCGAGAAUCUGCGAGUAUCUGGAGGCCAGAUUGACUGGCGGGAUUUGGAUUUGGCUCUGCACGAGAUGUUCCUCUUUGGCGAUCUGGCCGUCACCCGCGGUGGUAUCUAUCAGAAGAACCAACCCGCCGGCCCCGCUGCAGUUCGUCUCAUCGAGAUGAUGCUCCGGAUGGUGGAAUCUGACAUUCGAUCAUUCACCCACCCUGCUACGCAACUUCAAUACAUGGAGAUUUGCGUGCGUUAUAGCGCCUUUUUCCAACACCACACGCACCUGAUUCCUGGUGUGUUGGAGAGUUUCCUUCAGCUCGUCCACCACCCGGUCCGUAGGGUCAAGACUCGUUCGUGGUAUCUUUUCCAGCGUCUUGUGAAACAGCUGCGCACUUAUAUUGGCAAUGUGGCUCAAACCGUGGUGGAGGCACUUGGCGACCUGUUGGUCAUUCAAGCUGAGCUGCCCUCCGAGGGUGAUGAUGGUGAUGAGAUGUCUUCUGAGGACCAUGAAGGUUCCGCAGAUGCUGUGUUCAACAGCCAGCUGUAUCUCUUUGAGGCUGUUGGAAUCAUCUGCUCUACCCAUGGAGUACCCGCCGAUCAACAAGUCCUCUAUGCCCAGUCGGUGCUCAAUCCGAUCUUUGCAGAUAUGGAGCGAAAUCUUGAAGCGGCAAAGUCCAACGACGAGCGAGCCCUGUUGCAGAUCCACCAUGAUAUCAUGGCUCUGGGGACUCUUGCUCGUGGAUUUUCAGACUGGAUGCCUGGCACAAGCACCCCGUCUAACCUGCCAGCAGUGGAGGUCUCAGAAGCUUUCUGCCAGGUGGCAGAAGCGACUUUGGUUUCUCUCGAGUCCCUCAAGAAUUCUUUCAAUAUUCGCACUGCGGCUAGAUUCGCUUUUUCGCGUCUCAUUGGAGUCCUGGGUGCCCGUAUCCUCCCCCAACUGCCCCGGUGGAUUGAUGGGCUAUUGACGCAGACCUCCUCAAGAGACGAGAUGGCUUUGUUCCUGCGUCUUCUUGACCAGGUCAUCUUUGGAUUCAAGGGCGAAAUAUUUAGCAUCCUUGACACUCUUUUGACCCCCUUCUUGCAGCGGGUAUUCUCUGGUAUCGCGGAUCCGACAACAGGAACCGACGACGAAAUUCAGCUUGCCGAGCUCAAGCGAGAGUAUCUGAAUUUCCUGCUGGCUGUUUUCAACAACGAUCUUGGUGCCGUCAUCAUCAGUGAAAGAAACCAACCAAUGUUCGAAACUGUCAUCACCACCAUCGAGCACUUUGCUAAGGACAUUGAAGACUUCACCACUGCCAAAAUGGCAUUUUCCGUACUUCAUAAAAUGGUUAGCUCCUGGGGAGGACCCGACGUCGUCUCCGGUGCUACCAAUGGAACCGCACCCAACCAAACAACUUUGCCUGGAUUUGGUGGAUUUAUGAUCUCAAGAUUCUCACCCUUAUGCUGGGCCCUCCCGAUGACUCCCUCCUUCAACUCAAAAGAUGCCCAGGCCAAGCAGGUCCUUGCCGAGGCAGGCGGACUCCAACGCGCGAUCUACUUGAAGACAGGCGGAGAGUACUUGGAAUAUCUACGAAACCAAGAAUUGCCGGGCAUGGGCAUGGGAGGAGAGCUCAUUGAAGAGUUUUUGGCGGCAUUGAGUCAGCCGGAUGCGAAGGGAUUCCGGCAAUUCUUCCCGUCAUUCAUCCAGCGAUUGAGCGCAUGA